AUGAGCCUUGGUUUGGCAAUGACAACUGAUCCCACAACGCUGAAAACUUUGGCAUGUGGUCCAACCAUACCUAAAGACUGCAUUUCUAUCACCAUGUACAACGGUUUGUGCAUUGAGAUAAGUACGRAUAAUACCGUUGGAAGUUCUUACCCAUCUACUAUUGAAGACUGUAAACUCACAGCUGACAUUGCAUUUCUGUUGGACGGCUCAGGCAGCAUAGCUAACGAAGAUUUUAAUACAAUGAAAUCGUUUGUGAAAAAUCUGAUCGGGGCAUUCUGGGGAAAAGACACACAGUUUGCCGUCAUCCAGUUCUCAUCAAGAACUAUAAUUCAUUAUAACUUUAGAACAUUUCCCACCAAUAACUGGGGAUAUUAUAUUGAUACAAUCAAUCAACUGUCUAGAUCAACAUACACAGCUGCAGCCAUCCAAACUGUAGUGAAUGAUGUCUUCUCACCAAAUGGAGGGUCCAGGUCAAACGUGAAGAAGAUUUUAAUAGUAAUUACAGAUGGAUAUUCUAGUGACCACAAUAAUUUAGAAUCAUCAAUACARUUAGCCAAUGCUAGAAAUGUUGUUCGAUUUGCUAUUGGGGUGGGGGAUGCAUUUUCUUAUUCUUUUGCACUAAAUGAGCUCAAACUGAUUGCAUCUGUUCCCUCUGAAAACUUCCUGUUUCAAGUGGGAAGCUUCAACGUGCUUGACAAAAUCAGAGAGAAUUUACAGAACAACAUUUUUUCUAUUGAAGGAUCUCAAACUGAUGGCGAGACCCUGAAACUGGAAAUGUCUCAAGAGGGGUUCAGAGCUGCUUAUGUACCUGGGGGAAUUCAGAUGGCUAUCGUUGGUGCUAACCAGUGGAGGGGAGGCUUCAAGAAAUACUCAGUUUCAAACACUGGAUCAUAUCAGCCGUUGGUUACAGAACCUGACAGUUAUUUUGGUUAUUCCAUGGCUGUGGCUCAAACGGACUCUGGCACUCUGACAAUCCUUGGAGCUCCGAGAUACAAUCACAUAGGAGCUGUUAUGACUGUUUUUGGAGAACAAUUCAAACAGCAAAUUGACCCAUAUCCAUGGCAGUUUCAGUCUGGUGCAUAUUUUGGGGCAGAAGUUUGUGCCAUGGAUGUGAACUCUGAUAGCUACACUGAUCUGAUCCUCAUAUCUGCUCCCAUGUACAAGGACCAAGACAGAGAGGGACGAGUUUAUGUUUGCACCUUAGCUCGGCUGAAUGUGGAGUGUCACUUUGAUUCUCCAUCACAACUAACAGUACUACGAGGAGAUCCAUCCAAUAAAGGGAGGUUUGGGUCUUCUCUUGCUGUUCUGCCUGAUCUAAAUGCAGAUGGAUUUAAUGAUUUAGCUGUCGGAGCUCCUUUGGAGAAUGAUGGACAAGGGUCUAUCUACAUCAUUCAGGGCAAAGGAGGAGGACAAAUUGAACCUACCUACUCGCAGAGAAUCACUGCCUCUGAAGUCAAAUCAGGAYURAAGUUCUUUGGUUUGUCAAUCAGUCAGUGGUCCUACGAUCAGAGUGGAGACACACUGCCUGACUUAGUUGUGGGUUCAAAAGGUGCAGUUGUCUUACUCAGAUCCAGACCAGUAGUGAUGGUGGAAGCCACUGUGUCCUUCAGCCCAAAUGAAAUCCCWACUCUAAAUGUAGACUGUGCAAAACCACUAGAAGGCACAGCUAMAAUCUGCUUCACCAUGAGAAGACUGUCUGGAAGAGAUUCAGUUCAAGCACAGAUUAAUUACACUUUAACUCUGGAUGCAACUCGUUCAACUCCAAACAACCGAGCUUACAUCAGUAAGGAUACGAGAGACCAAGCCGGAUCAGUUGUUGUUGAUUUAAGCGGACAGAAGUGCAUCGAUGGGAAUUUUUCURUUGUGGCUUGCCCAGACGAUGCUCUCAACCCUCUUUUGAAUAAGCUGAGUUUCAUCUUUCAUGGUUUUUCUUCCAACACAAGUCUUAGACCCAGUCUGUCUCAGCAGGCUCAAACUACAACCUUAUAUCCUAUUGCCUUUGAGAUCAGCUGUGGGGCUGAUAUGGAGUGUACAGACGACCUGAAAGUGGAUUUUAACUUCACCAGCUCUUCGGUGGUUAAAGUUGGCAUCGAUGAGCUCCUGGAUGUGACUGUCUCAGUGGAGAACAGAGGGGAAAACUCUUACAACAGUCACGUCAUCCUUACAUACAGACAACUUGACAGAUGGAUCUCUGUGACUGCAAACGCUACCAGUGGAAACCAGCAGCACUCCUCUGGAAGUGAACUCUACAAAAAGAGACAGAUUGAAGUGAAGUACAGCAUUUUUAUGACAAUGGAAAGCCCCAUCAGCUACAGUAAUUUCACAUUUGGAAAGAAUCUACAGAAACCACUUCAACAAUUAGUCAAGGUCACAAAUAAUAUCAGAGCUCUGAAUUUCACUGUAGUGAUCAGAGUUCCUGUGAAGCUCGGUGACAAAGACAUGUGGGUGGAUAUGAACAGUUUUCAGAUUCCAGACUGUCAGAGAGACACAGAUGAAGAACCUGCGAUGACUGAUUUUGUUGCACAGAUAAAGGAAAAUAAAGUUCUGAACUGCUCGGUAGCAAGCUGUGSUGUGUUCAGGUGCAGCAGGUUCAUGGAAAGGUUGGAGCAGAAAACAUACAAAAUCUCUGCAAACCUCAGCUCAGYGUGGAUAGAGCAGAUCGGCCUUUCAUCUGCCAAGUUCAUCCUUUCCAGUACGGCCAGUUUAGAGUACGACAGAAACCAGUACAUCUACUUCUCAGCAGCCUCUAAUAACAUCCCUCCUGUUCGCCUGAUUGAGGCUGAAGUAGAWGUGUUUCCUGAACCAGAUUUCACCAAAGAGAUCGUAGGAGGAUCUCUGGGAGGGUUGGCUUUUCUUCUUCUACUCACUGCUGGGCUGUAUAAGUGUGGAUUUUUUAAGAGUAAAUACAAGAAGAUGAUUGGUAAAAGUGCAGAAGGAGAAGCUGAUCCAGGAGCUGAAGGAGCUGAACCCUCAAAGGAAGUAAAGUCUGAAUGACUUUCAUUUCCUGGGACACCAAUAUUUUUCUGUCCAGGAAGUUCGCUGACCAUUGAACACAUGCUCACAAACAUUUCAUUUUUUAUAUUAGCAUUUUUCUUUAAGCAUUAUUUUAUGUUAGAUUUAUUACCUGUUUAAUUCUGUGGUACAAUUCAGAAAUCAUUGUUUGUUAUUACUUUUAUAAGAUGUUACUAACAGAAAACAAUAACCAGAGAAACCAUGAAAAGUAAAGUACAAAUGUUUUUCUCUUCCACUGCAUCAUAUUAUUUGACAUUGAAAUUUCAGUCACUUGUAUGAUCAUUGGUAUUCUAAGGUUGAAUAAAUAAAACACGGGGGAUUGUUAUAAACUACGUGGAACACAGGUAGUUAUGCCGAAAUCAUCUAUAAAUGUAUUGUUUUAUUGGCUUUAAUGUGUCUUUUUACAAAAAAAAAAAACAUUUAGU